CACGUUACCAUCAUCCUCUCUCUCUCUCUCUCUCAAGCCCUGUAUAUGUCAUCAUGGUCUCCACUUCCUCUUACUCUCCUCUUCUCCGAUCAUCUUCUCCGAUGCUCAGAUUCUCCGGCAAGCGCUCCUCUCCGCCGCCCUCCUCCGCCGUCAGAUUCCGACUCCAUCGAGUGGUCUCCGCCGCAGCAGCUUCUUGCUCAUCGGCGGAGAGAACGAGGUCCGAUUGCCUCUGCCCACCCAAACAGGCCUCUUCGUGCGCAUCGCUCUACGAGGUUCUCGGAAUCCCCAUGGGAGCCUCUGGCAACGAGAUCAAGGCUGCGUACAGGAAGCUCGCCAGGAUUUGCCACCCCGACGUCGCCUCCGUUGACCGGAAGAUCUCGUCGGCCGAUGACUUCAUGAAGAUUCAUUCUGCCUACUCUACCUUAUCGGAUCCCGAGAAACGCGCCGAUUACGAUCGCAAGCUUUUCCGGCGACACCGCUCGUAUUCUGGAAUAUCGGCUUCUCCGGCGACGCCGAUGUCGAGGUUUUCCGGCUAUGUUCGCCGGAAUUGGGAAACGGAUCAGUGUUGGUAGUACUAAGUGAAGUAUUGAG